AUGGCUGAAGUAACCAGCCAUCUGACAAAGCCCAGCACACUUUUGUCUGCCCUGCUUGCCUUUAUUACUUAUGGCAUCGUGCUCGCGAUAUAUCGUCUGUAUUUCUCACCGCUGGCAAAAUUUCCUGGUCCCAAAUUGGCAGCAGCAACCGCCUGGUAUGAGUUCUACUUCGAUUGCAUCUGCCAUGGGAGGUACUUCCUUGAGGUGAAGAAGGCUCACGCGAAAUAUGGUCCCAUCGUUCGUAUCACGCCAUGGGAGCUGCAUAUCGACGACCCGUCGUACUAUGGCACAUUAUAUGCUGGUGGUCCGCGCGACAAGUAUUCUCUCUUCUCGAAGAUGCUGGUUGCUCCGAGCAAACAUGAACCCAUUCUUCAGCAUGCAGAAGUCCGAUCCUUGGAGCCAGAUAUUCAGAAUCUGGUCGACAAGCUCUGCGUGCGCUUCAAUGAGCAGAAGGGGAAGGGGCCAAUCAACACCCAGCACGCCUACAGCUGCUUCAGUACAGAUGUUAUCUCCGAUUACGCUCUUGGGUCAGGCUUCAACUACCUCGACUCGAACGACUUCGUCCCCGAUUGGUCGGAUACGCUCUCUGGCAUUGCAGAGGCGAGCGCCUGGUUCAAGCCGUUCCCACAGUUGCUUGGGCUGCUUCAGAGCGCACCCCAAGGACUGGUGAGCAGGAUGAACCCUGGAAUGGGCCUGAUGUUUGCUUUUCAGCGCCGUUGUGCCGUAUUGAUCAAUUCUAUCAUUGCAGCUCGCGAGUCAGAGGAUGAUAGCAAGGCCGUCGACAAGUUUGGCCGGCCGACGCUGUUUCAUCAUGUCGUCAACAGUGAUUUACCUCCAUCAGAGCGUGGGCUUGAGCGACUUGCUCAGGAGGCACAGGCAACUAUUGGCGCAGGUGCUGAGACCGUCUCCAAAACGCUAGCUUGGACAACCUACCACUUGCUCGCCAACCCCGAGAUCCUUGCCAAGAUGAAGGAAGAGCUCAAUCGUCUGGAUCCAGAAUGCAAAGCAGGAACCGUGGAGCUCGAGAAAAUGCCAUACGUGACCUCGGUCAUGCUGGAGGGUCUCCGAACCUCGUACGGAGUAUCCGGUCGGCUACAGCGUAUUGCACCCGAUCCUCUGCAGUACGGCGAGUAUACGAUCCCGGCAGGCACACCCGUUGGCAUGUCUUCUGUCCUCGUGCACGACAGAGAGGACAUCUUUCCGGAGCCACGCACCUUCAGACCCGAACGAUGGUUGGAUCCUGCUGAUCGCAGAAGGCUAGAACCUUACAUGGUGGCAUUCAGCAAAGGCUCAAGAGCAUGUUUGGGCAUCAAUCUGGCCAGAGCUGAAUUGUUGCUAGCGCUGUCAAAUGUCUUCCGCAAGGUAAAUUUUGAGCUGUAUGAGACGACCAAGGAAGAUGUGACGAUACAGCAUGAGAUCUUCUUGCCAUUUCCGAAGAAAGGAAGUAAAGGUGUGAGGGUCUUGGUUGUCUAA